AUGAACAAUAAAUCACAAGUAAUUAUUGAUUUAAAUAAAAUACUCAAUUUGAAUGAUUUAACUGAAAUAAAUCAAAUGCAGAUUGAAUUUGAAUCGAAUGGGUGGUGUUUCGUCUUAUUACCAACAGAACUUAUUCCAAGUCCAAGGCUCAGCAGUCAACUAUCGAGAUUUUUUGCAUCUGUAAACCAGAAGAAUGGAUGUACACAGCGUACGGCAAUAUAUGGUUAUUCUAAUGUCAAUCAUAAAGAAGGAAUUAAACUAUUGACAGGAAAUUAUUUUAAUGAAUUUGCAAAUAAAGGAUUGAUACCAUCGUUACUCGUUGAACCAUUGAACUAUCUUUCACAAAUGUUAGAUGCUGUAACUAAACGUUUAAUCGAAAUUCUUGAUCAACAUUUAAUAUUCCAACAGCAUCCCUCUUUAUCAUCUCUUAUUGAACAUGCUGAUUUACCAUUACAAGAUGGACAUUUUGGAAUGCUUGAUAUUGUAUCUUAUUACAAUAAUAAGAGUGGUUUUCAACCGCCUGUUAAUGGAGAAACAACUGAAGAAGUCAACUGUGUUCCACAUUAUGAUCCGGGACUAUUAUCAAUUAGUAUAUUAUCAACACAUGAAGGACUUCAACUGAAAAAUAUGACAACUAAUGAGUGGAUUGAUGGACCAUUAGAAUCAAACAUCGGUGUCAUCUGGUUGGGAGAGGCGGCAUCAAGAGUAACACAAAAUCGGCUUAAACUAGGUAUUCAUCGAGUUAUUUACCCUCAAGAGUCGAAAUGUCGACUGACAGUCUGGUAUGAAGUAUGUACAACUGCACAAUUAAAAAAUAUCAGCAGUGUCAAGAAGGAUGAAAAAAUGGUUGAGGGAAUGGUUACGUUUGAAAAUCUUCCAGGAUUGUCUCCAAUCACAGUUUUUCCUGAUGAAAAUAAGCUGGAGUUUUUGAAACGAGUUGAACAAGCUUAUGGAUUAUCAGCGAGCAAAACGCGUCCACCAUUUUAUAAACUUCGAAAACAUGUUAUUCCAUAUUCAUAG